AAGCAGGUGCUGCCCGGGCUGCAGCUCAGUCGCUCGCUUCCUACAGGGGACGCCGCUGCCGCGGUAUCUGCAUCGCGCUCCCCCUCUCGACCUGAGACGCGCGCGCGCGAUCCGCCCGAGGAGUACCGGGAAGGUGAUGUGGAAUAAGCCUCCCGCCUGGUCCCCGCUGCGCUCCGCUUUCCUUCAGCUCUGACGGUCAUGGAGAAGAAGGCGAAGAGGCUGGCGCUCCUGCUGGGAUCUCUGCUGCUGCUUUCCGGGGGCUCUGCGUGGGCCAAGGAGACCUGCCCCACCGAGAAGUACACUGCCAGUGGAGAAUGCUGCAAAGCCUGUAACGUCGGGGAAGGUGUUGCCCAGCCCUGCGGGAUGAACCAAACCGUCUGUGAACCAUGCCUGGACAGCGUCACCUAUUCUGACGCAGUGAGCGCCACGGAGCCCUGCAAGCCUUGCAAGGAAUGUGUGGGCCUGGAAGGCAUGUUAGCACCCUGCGUGGAGUCGGACAACACCGUCUGCAAAUGCAUCUACGGCUACUACCGGGACGAGAGGAGCGACACUUGCAGGAAGUGCCGGAUCUGCGAAGUGGGCUAUGGCCUCGUGUACCCCUGCGGGGAAAAUCAGAACACGUGGUGUGAGAAGUGCCCCCUGGGGACGUACUCUGAUGAAGCGAACCACGUGGACCCCUGCUUUCCUUGCACCGUGUGCGAAGAGGACGAGAUCACCGUCAAGGAGUGCACCGCCACGUCAGAUGCGAGGUGCAGAGCGAUUAACCCACGGUUUACCACAGCUGCACCAACACUGGAGUCCAACACCACGGGUGCAACCACAUCUCCUCAACACGAUUUUCCACCUGGGAGUCCUGAAGGCCCCUUUCAGGUCACAGAUGGCCCAGAUACCAUGGAUGUUUCUGGUAGCACCGUGGCUGGUACAGCAACCACAGUCAUGGGUAGCUCCCAGCCUGUGGUCCGAAGCGGCACAGCGGACAACCUCAUUCCUGUGUACUGCUCCAUUUUGGCAGCUGUGGUGGUGGGGCUGGUGGCGUACAUUGCUUUCAAGAGGUGGAACAGCUGCAAGCAGAACAAGCAAGGCGCCAACAACCGCCCCGUCAACCAGACGCCUUCGCCGGAAGGGGAGAAGCUCCACAGCGAUAGCGGCAUCUCGGUCGACAGCCAAAGCCUCCACGACCAGCAGCCGCAAACACAGACGGCAUCCAUGCAAGGCCUUAAAGGAGACGGGAACCUUUACACCAACCUUCCUGUCAACAAACGGGAGGAGGUUGAGAAGCUGCUGAACGGUUCCACCGAGGAGACUUGGCGCCACUUGGCUGGGGAGCUGGGCUACAAGGAGGACCACAUAGACUCCUUCACUCAGGAGGAGUACCCCGUCCGCGCCCUCCUCUCCGACUGGUCCAGCAAAGACAGCGCCACGAUGGACGCCCUUUAUACUGCCUUGCGCAAAAUCCAGCGGGGGGACAUUGUGGAAAGCCUCUACAGCGAGUCCACUGCCAGUUCACCAGUCUGAAGCAGGGGAGGCGGGGCAGAGGUCCUACAGGCCAGCCCCUCUGUGAUUCCCCACCCUGCUUUUUCCCUCACCAAUGCCUCUCGGGGUGAAGACACAUGAAGGAAAACAAAAUGGAGCUUAGUCUCCCCAUGGCCACCAUCGUUUCUGGGGAGCACUGGAGCAACCCUGUAAUGCACUGCGUCGGUUGUGGGUUGUUUUCUUCCUCCUCCCCAGUAUUUUCACCCAAUACCUCUUACCUGUAGCAGACAGUAAGAUGCUAAACAAAGGAGAAAGAAA